AAAGCAAAAGAAAAGCUUGUUAAAAGCUUGUUUUCCCUCUCUCUCUCUCCCCCCUCUGUUUUCGAUGCUGCAGACGUAACGCCAUAAAACGAAGUGAAAUUUUCGAUAAAUCUCCUGUUUGUUUCACUCAUUUCCUCACGUUACUCCCUCCUGUCACUCCUUCCUCGUAUAAAACCCCUCAAAACCCCGCCGUUUCCUUAACCCCUCUCCACUCCCUCCUCCCAACUCCCUCCCUUCUCUCUCCUCCAUAGCCAUGGCAACUUUGUACUUCCUCAAGUUCUGGAAGCCCAAUUCCUCCACCGGCACACCUUCAAAUCCUUCCGUUGCAAAAGACAACGAGGUCGAAGAGGAAGAGGAAGAUUCUUUCUUCGACUUGGAAUUAAGUUUUGAUAUCAUCCAAAGUUCACAAGAAAACAACAUCCUCGACUCCAAACCAAAACCAAACACCUCCGACAAAACGGCCGGCGGCAAACCAACCCUUUCUCUGUCCGCUUCCGAUCCCAUUUCCAAAAGAAAAAUCCUCCCUAUUGAGCCAGUUUCCAGGCCUCCUCAGUCACCCAUCGCUCUCCUAAAAUCCGCCCCAAAGUUCGGAGCUUUAAAGUUCAAAAAUCCCAGACAGAAAACAGAUCAAAAAACAGGGGAAAAAGCUGAGUCCGAGGUUUCGAUGGAGUCCCAGAAGCAGAAAAUCAAAGGAGUAAUUGCGAAACAGCUCGCCGGAGAAGAAGCUCAAAACCCACCUAAGCUCACCCGAGAAAACAGCUCCAGGAGAAACGGAAUGGGAUUGCAGAAUCUGAAGCCGGAAGACUCGAAAACAGAGAGAUUUUCUAAGGAUGUUCUGCAGAAGUACCUUAAUCUAAUCAAACCUCUGUACUCCAAGGUUUCCAGGAGGUCUACUGAGAAGGUGAAGCCUGCCGGAGACUCACCGACGGCGUCUCCGGCGAUGCCGAUAUUCUCUAUGUGUUCGCCGAAGAAGGACAAGCAGGGGAACUUUCCGGCGGGAUUUAGAGUUGUCUGUAAGAACUUGGGGAAGAGCAAGUCUGCCACGGUGAUGGUGGCGCCGCCGGUGCAACGGAGGGACGAUUCCUUGCUGCUGCACAACGAUGGGAUUCAGAGCGCCAUUCUACAUUGCAAGAGAUCGUUCAGUUCUAGAGAUUCUUUGUCUUCACUGUCGCGAUCAACCAGUGAUUCUUCCUCCAUGAGAUCAUAUUCUACUGAUUCUUCUCUGUUAUCACGGAUUGCAAGUGAUUCCCAUGAAAAAUCCGCGAGAAUGUCGAUCGAAGAAGAAAUUUGAAGCUCUGUUCGUCGGAUUUUAAUGGAUAAAACGCGGGAAAAACAGAGGAACUUUAUGACCCUCUGUUAUUUUCUGUGUUUUCUGUAAAAACAAAGGAAGAAACGAAAACGAAAAUAUGAGGUUAGGUUAGGGUUGUUUUGGUAUUUUAACUACAAGCGUUUGAGCUAUGAUGGCCGGUGAGCACAGCAUAUAGGGUUCACCUGUUGUUGUCUGUACAGUGACGUGUCAUGAUCUGAGAAUUUUAGGGAUCCUUUUUGGUUUAGGGUUUUUUACACUGAAGCAAGCAGCAUCAUGUUGCUUUUGAAUUGAAUUUGUGAGAGAAAAUGGUGUUUUAAAUCAAUCAGAAAGAUAUGUGACAUUGUCUUCUGGGUUGAGAGA